AAAACUAGGUGAAGAACAAGAAGAGAUUCAGAGUCAUGGAGAACCAAGAUGGUCAUGAAGGUGCACAGGCUAAUCAACCAUCUAGUCCGACAUCAGGACGUCGGCGAAGGGAAGAAGAGGGUUCAAUCCAGUCAAAUCAACGUCGUCCGGUAGAUGAGACAUCAACAACAGAAGACAACGGUUCCAGCUCAGGUAUCGGUCAGGAGAAUCGUGAGAUAAUCGCGCAAGCUUUUCUCCGGUGGGCUAGGCAGAUGGGGGAGGAUGCGAUACAUAAAAGUGAUAACGAUGAUGAUGAUGAUGAUGAUGAGUCCGAGGAAGAAGAGAGUUCAGUUUCUAACGGCAACAACAGUUCCAGCACAAGUUUCAGUCUUGAGGAAACUGAGAGUUAUGUCGAGGAAGCUCUCCAGAUAGCUGGGCAGAUGGAUGUGAUGCAAAAUCAGAUGGACGAAGAAGAGAGUUCAGUUUCUAAUGAAGGCUGGAAUUUAAACCAGUCAAAUCAACGUCGUCGGGUAGAUGAGACAUCAGCGACAGAAGACGGCAACAACAACAACAACAACAACAACAGCAAUAGUUCCAGCUUGAGAAGUUUCAGUCAGGAGGAAUUUGAGAGGCUCGUCGAGCGAGCUUUCCAGAAUGUUAGGCGGGCAGAGGAUGCGAUGCAAAAUCAACAAGGGAGGGUUCAGAUAUUUGUAGUAGGUGAAUUCCGAAUCGAUAAUGAAGAUGGAUCAGUUAGAACUACUCCAUAUGUUGUGACACUUGCGUUGUUGAACAGCAACGUUGGGUUUCUAGAUAUAGAUGGCAUGAGUUAUGAAGAAUUGACGGAAUUGGAAGAAAGGAUUGGCAUGGCAAAAAGAGGAAUAUCAGAAGAAAUUAUCUUAAAGCAGCUGAAAUCAAGAGUUCACACCACAUCUGCAGACUCGACAGAGGAUGAGACUGAAAUUUGCAUCGUAUGUCAGGAUAAAUAUGAGAACCAGGAUAAGAUUGCAACUCUGGAUUGCAAACAUGAAUACCACCAAGACUGCAUAACAAAAUGGUUGGUACGGAAGAACGUUUGCCCUAUCUGCAAUAGACAAGCUCUGAUGGAAGAAAGCAAGGGAGAAGAAAUGAACGAAUGUUAGAACAAGAGUUCACACAACAUCUGCAGACUCUGCGGGAGAAAAGAAUGAAAUUUGCACCAUAUGUCUGGAUGGGUAUGGGAACAAGGAUAAGAUUGCAACUCUUGAUUGCAAACAUGAAUACCAUGAUGACUGCAUAACAAAAUGGUUGGUACGGAAGAACGUUUGCCCUAUCUGCAAUAGACAAGCUCUGAAGGCUUGAUUUAUUUUAUUCCCUUACUGUACUACAUCGUGCUAGAUUUCUUGUUUUGGGUAUGUUCGUGGGUCCAGUACAAAGUGAUAAUUUAAAG